UUCCAUGGAGACGCGGUGAAUGGAGGGUCUAGUUGCGUGGCCAGGCGGCUCUUUGAUCCCAGAACGUUCUAGAACGUUGCCCCUUCUUUUUUUGGCAGGGAGCAGCGGAUCACGUGCCUUCCCACACUCUGUGGACAUUGACUCGCCAGGAGCUGCUGUCUACUGAGUUCCUUGGUUCAACUGAUUUGGAUUAGACAAAUUCAUGGAAGAUAGAGCUAUCAAUGUGAUUAUCCAUGCGACCUAAAUGGAACCUCCCUAUUUAGAGGCAGUAUAUCUAUCUCGGGACGGGAUGCCCAAUGCAGACGACUAACAAUGCAAGAUGUGGCCAUCACCUUGACGCCCUGCUUGUGCCCUCUUUGAGGCAUCUACUUUGCUGCUGUCGGGACGGGAGCAGAACGCUGAAGGGCUAGAUCGUCUGAUCCUGCAAAGCAGCUCCAUCCUUUAAGAGGAUUCUUGCUAUGGCUGAAGAUGGUAGAGAAACAGAGAAGCUAUUGAAGAGGGUCCAGGAACUGGAAGAGACUGUAGAGAGGCUGCAAGAAAGGCUUCUGGAGAGCAAGGAGGCCACAGACGCAGGAGGCGGCUCUCCAAUAUGUGGAAAGACCCAGAAACGUCAGCAGAGGCCAUUUGAUUUUAGUGCUUAUGGUAGGAGACACGUGGCCCUGAAGAUAGCCUACCUGGGCUGGGGAUACCAAGGCUUUGCCAGCCAGGGGAACACCAGCAAUACUAUUGAAGAGAAGCUGUUUGAGGCUCUAAGCAAAACCCGACUGGUAGAGAGUAGGCAGACGUCUAACUAUCAUCGCUGUGGGCGCACAGACAAGGGAGUCAGUGCCUUUGGACAAGUGAUUUCCUUAGAUCUCCGCUCAGAUCUUUCCAAGAAGAUAGUAGAUGAACCUGCAGGUACCCUAAAGGACAAAACUAGCAGUACUUCCAAAGAGAUCCGCUACACCCACAUCUUAAAUCGGGUGCUCCCUCCUGACAUACGGGUAUUGGCCUGGGCCCCAGUAGAUCCCAGCUUCAGUGCUAGAUUCAGUUGCCUGAAGAGGACCUAUUGCUAUUUCUUUCCUCGGGCUGAUCUGGAUGUAGCUCUUAUGAAUACAGCGGCUCAGAAAUAUGUGGGGACCCAUGAUUUUCGUAAUCUGUGCAAGAUGGAUGUAGCCAAUGGCGUGACCAACUUUCAAAGGACCAUUCUCACUGCAGAGGUGCAGCCUGUGGUUAAACAAGAGGAAAGUGAGCAACAGCAACCUUUCCAAAUGUAUCAAUUUCAAGUGACAGGCCUGGCAUUCCUCUAUCACCAGGUCCGUUGCAUGAUGGCUAUCCUCUUCCUGAUUGGACAAAAAAUGGAGAAGCCAGAGAUUAUUGAUGAGCUAUUGGAUAUAGAAAACAACCCAAAAAAGCCACAAUACAGUAUGGCCGCGGAAUUUCCUCUGGUUCUUCAUGAUUGUGAGUUUGAAGACAUCCAGUGGAUCUAUGAUCAUGAAGUGCACGAGUUUAAUGUUACUCACUUACAGAAACUCUGGACCAAUCAUGCUGUUAAAACUCAUAUGCUGUAUAGCAUGUUAAAUGGGCUCGACUUUGCUGAGAUACCUACAGAGACAGGUUCAAGCAACAAGACUACAGUUCUCUGGAAAGAGAUAACGCCUCUGGUCCACAAUCAGAUCAAUUCCUUAGUCGAGGGAGUGAAAGCUCGCCACUACAAACCACUAAUGGAACGCCCCAAAUGUGAAGAUUUAGAAUCUCGCAUCAGCCACUACGUGCGCAGAGGACGCAUUGAACUGCCUCACUUGAAAAAAACAAAGCACUCUGAAACAGAAGCAGAUGAACAGGUGGAAGUUAAGAGCAGCCACUGUGGUCCUGCAAAGGAAGACAACCCAGUUCUAGGACAAGCUGCAAAGAGGGUCUGUUUGAGUAGAGACUGAGUUUUCCAGAUGCCUUGCUGCUUCCAUUUAGAUACAAUUCUAUUCUUUUAUGAAGUGGAAGCACUCAUCCUAGACUGCAGACACUGAUUUUUGUUUUUUUAAAUACAUCUCACUAAAACUUCCCCCUCUCAUUAAGAAAUAUUUUUUACAGAAUGGUAUAAGUCAGAUGCCAGAAAAACUGGCAUGUCCCUAGUACUGGAUCUGUAUUUUCUGCUUAAUACUAUUCACAUUGAAAGCACCUCCAGCGCUUGUCCGCUGUAGUUGACUGUUAAGGUUGUCAUUGCAAUGGCUCAUGGAUCAGGAGAGAAAGUGUGCUGAACAGUUGUCCAGGCUAUAGUUACCUAAGAAACCUAUAUUCCAAACAGCUGA